GAGUGUGGUGGUGUGCAGAGGCUGUUAAAGCACAAACUGGAUACUAGUUAGGAUCUCCACAGCAUGUUGUUCUUCAUUAGUGUUUAAAAUAGUUUAUUUCGGUUUCAUUGAGCUGUUACGGUAGCUUUUUAUGACUGGUUUAAAGUGUUGGAAAGACGGGAGGUGAAAACAUGACUGCCAAUGAAGAUCAGGAGGAGCUUCAAAGUUCUGGUCACCAUUCACCUGCAUUGUAUGGAGCUACAGAGCUGAAAUAUUCUUCUAAAAAUCUUUGUCUAUGUAGAAAGAAAUUCAUACACAUCUGGAAUGGGAUGGAAUUGGAGGCUCUGCGGUCAAUCUAUGAAGGAGAUGACUGCUUUAAGGAGCUCAGCCCAGUGUCCUUUCAGUUCAGGAUAGGAGACAUUGAUAAUUCCAAAUCAUUCCUGCUAGAAGUUUCAUGGCCAGAGACCUAUCCUGAAUCUGCACCCCACAUAUCAUUAGAUGCCUUUUUCAACAACAAAAUAUCCCUGGAGACAAAGCAGUACAUUAACUUAAAGCUGGACGAACAGGUAGAGACCAACCUGGGCACGGCCAUGAUGUACACGCUCUUUGAGUGGGCCAAAGAAAACCAGGAAACACUCAUGGAAAACCACCAACCUGUGACAUCAUCAGUGGCGCUGGUAUCCAACAGUGAUAUCAUGAAUAAUUCCACCUCUGUCAGUAAGAAGAAAGAGAAGAAAGAACAACUAACCAAAGCGCAGAAGCGGAAACUGAUUGGAAGAACAGAUAAUAAGGGAGAACUGCCAAGAGGAUGGAACUGGGUAGAUGUUGUUAAGCUCAGCAAGACUGGAGGAAAAGAGGAAGAUUAGAGAGAUGCUUGUGAAGGAAAGAUGGAUUGAAGUAGUGCUGGAUGAAUGUAUGGAUGAAAUGUGUCUCUGUGCACUUAUUUUUAAUGGAAGCUGAAAUGAAUUCUCUCUAGUCAUAAUUUAAAUGCAUCUGAAGCUGCUGCACUUUCUGUGCCACAGAGCCAAUGUUAUACUGAAUGCAAAGAACAGAGCUCAGCAGUCACAAAGACGUGUCCUCUGAGCCACCAGUGGUGGGUGUUACAUUAGCUGAGCGACAUGAAAAUCAUGAAACAUGAGAGCAUGCACAAGCUGAUGAGAAAACUAACACAAAAGUGAGUGGAAAGCAGAAAUGUUUUAAAUUUUGCAACUAAUAGAACAGUUGGGUGUUAUUUAAUAAAAAUAACAUCAGUGUGAUGUUUCAUAAAGUGACAUUUUCUAAAAAAAGAAAAAAGGCCCAUGAGAGUGUAUUGGUACUGUAAAGCUGUGUACCUGAUUUUAAAUGUGCACUCAGUAAUAUUUUUGUACAUGUAAACAAAAAAUAAUUUUGUACAAUAUUUUUGCACAUGUAAACAAAUAUUUGCUGAGUGCACCUUUAAGUUUUACCUUGGCUGCAAGCAAAAUGCGUUCACUUUUUCACGUCACAUGCUAAAGAUAUUUAAUGGGGAUAUGUGUGCUUUUUUGAGAAUAAAGUGUUUCAAAGUACAGUCCUUUGUGGAUAAAUCAGUGCCACUGUUAUAUUUAUGUCAAAACUUUGUGUGUGAGAGCAUAGCAAAUGUGUCAAGAUAGAUAGACAUUGAUCUGUAAAGAGUACCGUUGUCUCAGGU